AAAAAUACAAUUGGCGGGGAGCGUGGGUAAAUCAGCAUCAGCCGGCCAAAAAAAUUGCAGAUUAGUUUUCCCAUCUAAAAAUAAGAGCUUGAGCCCGUUUCCGAAGUUCCCUUGCACCCGUGUUAGCCCGCCCUAGUAUAGUAUUGCACACGAUGACAGCUCCGCAAGCACAGCUGGACUUUUUUGUGACGGCGGGAAGUAUGCUGGAAUGGCAUGACAAUCUGGACAGAAAUAAGCCGGGUCUGCUGGAACUGACCGGCGUUAGCCAACAUGGAAGGGCCACGAUGAGUGGGCUCAAUGACUACGACUACCAGACCCUGUCGUUCCUCAAGUCGGAUGAAGCACAUAACCUACAACAACUGCGGACGGUGACCAAGUCGGCCAUACCCAACGAGAUCCUGGAGCACUUCAAGCACAUCAAGUGCCACUGCACCAUGGGCCUGUUCCCGGAAAUCGGUCGAGCCUGGCUGACCAUCGAUUCGGAGAUCUACAUUUGGACCUUCAACCAGACGCGGGACGUGGCCUACUACGAUGGACUGAGCCAUUUGAUUGUGAGCGUCGGCUUGGUCAAACCGAAGGCCGGUGUCUUUGUGCAGGAUGUCAAGUACCUCCUGCUCCUCACCACGCCCAUCGAGGUCAUCGUUCUGGGCGUUACCUUCGGGGAGGGUUCGUGCAACGAAAUGCAGCUGAUGAAUCGGCCCAUUUUUGUGAUCGGCACCGACAACGUUUCCAUCAGCGUCAUCAAGGGAACGGACGACGGACGGAUCUUCCUGGGCGGCCGCGACGGCUGCCUCUACGAGGUGUUCUACCAGGCCGAGUCCAGUUGGUUUGGAAAGCGCUGCAAGAAGAUAAACCUGUCCCAAGGGCUGGUCUCCUACAUGGUCCCCAGCUUCCUGAAAGUUUUCUCGGAGGUUGACCCAAUCGAACGCAUAGAGAUUGAUAACAGCCGCAAGCUCCUCUACGUUUUAACGGAAAGGGGUUCCAUUGAGGCUUGGGACAUCAGUACGGAUUACACAAAUGCGCGAAGGCUGGGACGGAUUACCCAAAACGAUAUUACAAACCAAGCGGUUAGUCUGAUAACGACUGUGGACCCGUCCAUUUUCAAAGGUGUCAAGGCCAUCUGCCCUCUGAGCGCUGACGACGCUGGCAAACUGCACCUGGUGGCUGUGACGCAGUGCGGCGUGCGGCUCUAUUUCUCCACAACAUCCCUAAAUGUGCAGCAGCAGUUCAGUGCCGCUGCGGCCUGCGCCCAGGGCGAGAAUACGGGAUUUGGUCAGUCGGUAGCGCAGUCGGUGGCGCCACCACUGUCGCCCGGGCCCGACUCCCCAAAGGGACUCUAUCUGCUCCACGUCCGACUGCCACCUGGCUACACGCCGAACGCCACCACCAACAAGCCGAAGCAGGUGCAUGCCGCGCACUACACGGAGGGCACCAUGCUGAUGAUCACCACGCAGCAGCAGGAACAGGACCUACUGUGGUCCGUCAGCUCGGCUCCGUCGGUUAACUUUACAUACCUGGUGGAGUCGACGGCCCUGGAGAGCCUGGACGGGGUGGUCUGGGGUCUGGCAGAGGUGCACGAGUCGUCGACGCCGCUCCUUAGGUCUCCCUUGAACAGUGCUCGGCACUCGCGCAAAGUAGCGCUGCUUACCAACCAGGGCACACACAUUAUAGAGCUGCUCAAAAUGGUGGACAUUCUGCGCCAGAUUCUCCUUUCGUGCAACGGCCCGCACCACGAGGAGGUUAAGAUGUUCUUCCAGUCGCAGAAUCAGCGGGAAGCCUGUGUCACCGCUCUGCUGCUGGCCACUUCGGAUAAAUAUCGGGGCGGCGACGUCGCCUUGUGGGCCACACAGGCGUUUAUGCUGUACGGCGGGGAGCCAUGCUUCCAGCAUCAAAAGUUCCUCAACGCCAGCAACCGCAACAUGGCGAAUCAAACGCUGGGUGCGAAUACGACGACCGGAAGGGACCGACUACCCAUGUUUAUGUCCACGCCAAUGCCGAAUGCGGCGAUCAGUCCGGCGUCCUAUCCUGGAUCACAGUUCAAUCAGCCCAUCAGUCCAAUAGGAAAUAUGCAGCCAUCGCAGGCGGUUAGCAACGAGAAUUCACCGAUUGUAUUUUCGGCCAAACACGACGGACUUUACUUGUACGUCUCGCGGAUGUUGCGUUCAAUUUGGCAAAUGCGCUGCGUAAAUGAGCACUUUUGCUCCAAUUUAAGCCACAGCGACUGUGCCCUCUUGCAAUCCGAUCUGCGAUCCCUGCGCACCUUCCUGGAAGUGCACUCUGUGCACGAUAUUUCCUCAUCUACCAGAGUCUCAUUUGACCACUUGGAAAGAACAAAUUCAUACAACACCAUCAUGAUGAACAACACUCUUUUGCCAAUUCCUGAGCAACGGAUUUUGUCCGAGCAGGCUCAAGUCGAGGAGAAGCGAUCACUCUCCGCUCUCAACCUCUUUGUCAAACAUGCCUGCGAGGUCAUAUCACUUUGGAGCAUUCUAAACUCGCAUUCCUUCCAACUGAUUUGCUUGCAACUCAGUCCCGAACACCAAAAGAUGCUGAGGUGCUGUACCUUCCGUGACCUCCUUCUCACACGGUCCGAGGUCUGCGCGUUCCUAAUCAUCUCGCUGAUUAAUCUGUACCUUAAGGACAAGGCUGGAGUGUCUGAGGUGUCGAGGAACUUGCGUCAGAACUGCCCCAAUCUCUAUAGGCACGAGGAUGAUGUGACCUACAAGGCCACCGAGCUGUUGAUGAAUGCAAAGAACUGUACUUCGCCCGCCGAAAAGGAGCAAAAGCUGCGGACCACCCUGCAAAUGUGCAAGGAAGCCGCCCCCACACUGCCACUGCAUAGUAUUUGCCAGCAGUUCAUUUCCGCCGAUUUCUUCGAGGGCGUGAUCGAGCUCUCGGCCGUGUGUGCGUCAAAGAGCGAUCCGGAGGAGGUUGGUGUCCACUUCUAUAACAACGGAGAGCCCGCUGAGGACCGCGAGGGGUACACUUGCUUCGCCACAAGAAUGACCUACUACAAGGAGGUGCAACUUAUGCUGGAUCAUAUCUACCAGACUGCAUGCAACAAGUCGCAGAUUCAGGACCAAACGCAAUCGCCAGGCCAGCUUAAAGGUACAGGCAAAGCUUCGGAUUCUAGGAACGCCGCCCAGCAAACGAUUCCCAAAAUUGUGGCUCAGACCCUGCGGGUAAAGGACCCCCUCAUCCAUGUAACUCUCUACGAAUGGCUGCUCGCCCACGACAUGCUCAGUGAACUUUUGGACGUGGUAGAGCCAUCAUUGGGAGAGUUCUUGCGCCGCAGUGUGUCGCGAAAUGGAGAGAAUGUGGUGCUGAUCGAUUUGUUGUGGAAGUAUUAUGAAAAGAAUGGCCAUCACUCCCAGGCAGCCCAGAUACUGGACAAUUUGGCCAUGACACGCAGUGAAAACAUAACUCUGGAACAGCGCAUCGAGUAUUUGGUGCGUGCUGUUAUGUGUAUGCGAAACGGGAACGUGGGCUCUUCAAUAACCAAUGGCAUAUUCCUGAAGGAACUGGAGGAUAAGCUGGACAUUGCUCGAGUUCAAAAGGCAGUGCUCGCCGCUGUGACUGAAUUGGCUCGCCAUAAACUGGAGGCUUCCACGGCCGUAAAGGAGUUAAAUUACGCGCUGUACGAUAUCACACAGCUGUACCAGCACUUUGCCGAGCCCUUCGACCUCUGGGAGUGCCAGUUGUCCAUACUGAACUGCUCCCACCACAACGACCCCCUUUUGAUCGAGUCGGUCUGGGGUAACAUAAUCAACAGCGUUGUGGAGGAGCCGGGCACCACUCAAGAUCGCAGCAAUAGGUUGUUCACGAAAAUUGAACUGUUGGUGAGGGAGUACGAGGAAUCGGGGGCCUGCUUUCCCUUUGCCUUUCUCAUAAGAGAACUGGAAGUCAAAGCCUGCCAACUGCGCCUGCCCGAGGGAAUAGUGCCGGAAAAACUAGUUACCAUGAAUCUGGACGUUGAACUGCUCCUGGAAUACUACUCGAGGAUGAUUUCAAUGAACGAACGUGUUUGGGCAAACGAAGGCAACGAGUGGCACUUAAUCCAAUCCGCCAUACGAGUGGUGUCCCUCCUGGCAGACAACGCACAAUCCAUUUGGUACCGUUCAAAAAGACGGAUUAUUGGCAAGGCUCAAGACAUUGUGGCCGGCUGCUUGAACAUUUGCUACCAAAAGCCCGAUACCAAUCGUCUUCAGCAAUCGCUCAAGGAGCUUCAGAGUCGGCUGCAGCGAUUGUUGGUUUGAGAUCCCCGCCCUGCUUAAAGUAAUUACUUUGAUUGAAUUUGAAACCGCUGGACUAGACGUUAAGUUUGACUGAGAUAUAUAUUGUAUUUGUAUUAAACAUGUUAAAUAAAUUGAUUUCCCCACA